CACUCCGACGUGCUCGUGGGGCGGUGCUGUCACACGCGUCCACUCCCGCCCCCACCCCCCAUGCAUUCCCAGUUUACCGCCGUGAUCCGUGCACUGCGCUCCUAACAGCGGUCCGGUCUCCGGGAAUCAUGGCCUCGGGCGUCACAGUGAGCGACGAAGUCAUCAAGGUGUUCAAUGACAUGAAGGUGCGCAAGUCCUCGUCGUCCGAAGACGUCAAAAAACGCAAGAAGGCCGUGCUGUUCUGCCUCAGCGACGACAAGAAGAAGAUAAUUGUGGAGGAGGACAAACAGAUCCUCGUUGGUGACAUCGGGGAGUCGGUGCACGACCCGUACGCCUCGUUCGUGAAGCUUUUACCUCUCAACGACUGCCGCUACGGCCUCUACGACGCCACAUACGAAACAAAGGAGUCAAAGAAGGAAGACUUGGUGUUUAUAUUUUGGGCCCCUGAAAAUGCCCCUUUAAAAAGUAAGAUGAUCUAUGCAAGUUCCAAAGACGCCAUAAAGAAAAAGUUCACAGGCAUCAAGCAUGAGUGGCAGGUGAAUGGUUUAGAUGACAUCCAGGACCGCUCCACGCUGGCGGAGAAGCUGGGAGGAAAUGUGGUGGUUUCCCUGGAAGGCAGACCUUUGUAAACUGAGAGACACGUGCCAUUAGGAUCUCCAGCUUCCAUCUUAUCAGCACUUUUAAUAUAAUUUUAUCCAGUUGGAAUCUUUUUUUUCCCUUUUUAAUUUUUUUUCUGCAUGAAGGACCUCUCACAAACUAAUACAAAGCCCUACCAGAGAUGCCCGUUCUGUAUUUCCUAAUCCUGGUAGAUCACAGAGCUGAAUCCCAAAGCAUGCUUUCAAGACUAACGCCGUCCCAGAACGAAGCGAGGAAAAUGCCCUCCAUCGCGGAGAAGGCCGAGGGGUCCGGCGGAACAGAAAAGGCGCCACACGCGUUUGUGCCACACGCUCGCUGAGGCUGUUUUUGCCAAGAGGAUAAGAAUGGGAGGAAUGAGCUUGCUGGAACGCUUCGACUGUCAUGACUGCCUACCACCAAGGAGUCUGCCAUGGUUGAGCUCUGAGUCUCCUUGGGCUGAGUCUCCUUGGGGUCUGUUAGUUUGACUUCUUUAUCCCUGGUGUUUCAGCACCGCAAGACAUGACCAGCUAUGCAGAUGAAGUCCUUUUUGUAAGAAAGCCCUUUUUUUAAAUUUAGACCAGACAGGUAAAAAAGAACAGUACUUGUUGAGUUUAUGUAUUCAGGUAUCAUAACAGACUAGUUCUUCGUUCAUGCUUGUGGAAAAGAGAAUUCUUUUGGUUACCUCUGAAGUGUACGCUCGAGAAUAAAACCAGUAUGAGUGUUUGUUGGAAGAGUUCGGCCUUUGUUGCGAACAGGGAACCCUGACAGAAAAACACAUUGUCGAGAUUGCAAUAAUUGUCCAGAUAGAUCUUCUUCAGGAGUGACAAUGUUUCUUUGAUUAGCAAAGUCAUCAUGUUGCAAUAAAAUUUGUGAGAAUUAUGACACA